AUGGAUAGUCGACUGGAUUUCUUCGCUCGAUUCCCUGAAUUCGACUACCAUCCCGACGCGCCGAUUACCAAGGAGUUCAAGCGUCUGGCCCAGCAACGGAAGUGGAAGCACCGGUCGAAGACUUGGAGAAAAAACUGGAACCUGUGCAUGAAGGCCGACUACCAGAGUCGUAUUGGGGCCCAAGUAAGCAAGAUCGAGACUUGGCAAAGAAUGUGCACGAAGGUUGGCAUUGCCGUCUUUCCCUCGAUCACCAAGUGCAAAAAGGCCCUGUCGAAGGUUUAUGUCAACAUCAUUGACCUGCUUGAGUGCUGGGACACCCACAGAACCCCCAAACGGUUCGGUAGCAUUGGGGAGUUGGCCAACUACUCGAGGUCUACGGACAAGGUUUACCCCCGCGACGCUGCAAAGGUAGACCCGGCCUUGCGAGUGCUCCUGAAGCGAUUGCUGUAA